CUCUCUCUCUGGUUCUGUUGUUGUUCUUUGUUAGAAAUCGAUUUGAUCCCAAUUACUUUGGUUUCUCUUUGAAACAUUACAAUUGCUUCUAUAAGUUUUUGAUUGUAUAGUUUCCCUUUCGUCUUAAUCGAAUUGGAUGAACUAUGAAUUAUGUGAUUCAAUUUGUCACGGGUUUGUUGGACUUUGUUUCUUGAAACUAGAAUUGGUUUUUAGGGUUUGUUCUUGCAUUGCAUUUUGUUUUUGUCCCCAGUGUUAGUUAAAAUAGAAAUGGUUUGUAAUAGAUUGUGGGUGGUUUUGUUCUGUGUUCAUGUCUCAACUCAAUUCUACUGCUUCUUGCUGCCAGGAACAAACAUCUGUUUCGUAGAUUUCAGCAAUGUACUGUGGAGCUGUAAAAAGGGUAUCACUCCAAAGUAUUAAACUGGUUAUGGUUUCUCUUGAAAUGGAGGAUAACGAUCCCAAUAAAGAAUGUAUAUAUGCUGAUAGCUUAAGUGAAUUCAUUACUUGGAUUAAUUCUGAUAAGACACCGCUUCACGAUGUGAUGGGCUUCAGAAAAGAGGUCAAUGGUACCACCGUGGACAUUUCAUUUCAAUGGUGCGUAGAUGGGUAUUCAGCCAUAAUGUUGGGAUAUGCCAAUAGCAUCCGCACCAUCGAUGGUGGAACACAUAUUGAUGGUGUGAAAGCGUCAAUAACAAGAACCUUUAACAGCCUUUUGAACAAGUCGAAGCUUGUUGAGGACAAGGACGUUAUCUUGAGCGAGGAGCAUGUUAUUGAAGGACUAACUUGCAUUGUCUCAGUCAUUGUUCCAAGACCUGAGUUUGAAGGUCAAACACAGACGAGAUUAGGAAAUCCAUAUGUCAGGGAAAUUGUUGACCAAUCAGUCCAGGAGUACUUAACGGAGUAUUUUGAAUUGCAUCCAGAUGUAUUUGAGAGUAUUAUCUCCAAAUCCUUUAACGCUUACAAGACUGAUUUGGCUGUCACGAGGGCAAGGGAUUUGUAUAGAUCAGAAAGUGUUUCAACGGUGUACACCAUUCAGCCCGUUCGUGAGAAACUGACCAACUGUUCUUCUGAAACAUCGGAGAUUAUUAUAGGCAGAGGAGAUUCUUCUGUUGGUGCUGCAGAUCACGGCUCUGACAGGUGUUUUAAGAAUAAAAGGACACGGGAACAGCUUUGGAGUGAUGAUGCAGUCUCUACAGCUCCUGGAGAUUCUUCAGAGGAUAGUAGCUUUUCAAAUUUUGAGAAGAGAAGCAAAAAACGAAAGUCUUCUGUCCAAUCCUCACAUCUGCCUGUUUCUUCACGACAACCUGCUGAUGAUUCAAACCCACCAAACCCUAAAGAUGUUAGCAAAAAGACUCCCAAAGAUGUAACCCACGGGUCCAACAAAAUAAGACCAGUUAUCCCUGUCCAAUCCUCACAUCUGCCUGUUUCUUCACGACAACCUGCUGAUGAUUCAAACCCACCAAACCCUAAAGAUGUUAGCAAAAAGACUCCCAAAGAUGUAACCCACGAGUCCAACAAAAUAAGACCAGUUAUCCCUGUCCAAGCCUCACAUGUCCGUGUUUCCUCACGACAAUCUGCUGGUGAUUCAAACCCACCAAACCCUAAAGAUGUUAGCAAAAAGACCCCCAAAGAUGUAACCCACGGGUCCAACAAAACAAGACCAGUUGUCCCUGUCCAAUCCUCACAUCUCUGUGUUUCUUCACGACGAUCUGCUGCUGGUGAUUCAAACCCACCAAACCCUAAAUAUCUUAGCAAAAAUACUCCCAAAGAUGUAAGCCACGGGUCCAACAAAACAAGACCAGUUACCCCGAUUGGUCCGGGGUUUCAAUCCUCACAUCUCUGUGUUUCUUCACGACAAUCUGCUGGUGGUUCAAACCCACCAAACCCUAAAGGUGUUACCAAAAAGACUCAAAAAGAUGUAACCCACGGAUCCAUCAAAACAAGACCAGUUAUCCCGAUUGGUCCGAGGUUUCAAGCUGAAAUUCCAGUUUGGGUUGCCCCUACCAAGAAGGGCAAGUUUUAUGGUAGCCCCGGUGAUUCCGAUACUCUAAGAUGGCUUGGAACUGGUGUUUGGCCCACAUACAGCCUAAAGAAGACAGUUCACUACAAAAAAGUCGGCGAAGGGAGACCCGACUCUUGUUCUUGUACUAAUCCGAGGUCGAUCAGUUGCAUAAAACGACACACUAAAGAAGCUCGAGAGCUUUUGAAAAAGGAGAUUAACCGUGCUUUUGAUACGUGGAAGUUUGAUGAAAUGGGUGAAGAAGCUGGCUCGUGGACGGCCAAAGAAGAGCAAAGGUUUGAUGCUCUUUUGAAAAAGAAUCCUUUGUCAAGUAGUGAUGGGUUUUGGGAGUUUGCUUACAAUGCAUUCCCAAGAAAGAGUGAGAAGGAUCUCGUCAAUUACUACUACAAUGUUUUCCUCAUCAAACGCAUGAGAUUUCUUGCUAAUUCUUCUGCUUCUCAUCAUAUCGAUAGCGAUGAUGACCAAUAUGACGAUUUCUUAGCGGGAUGAAGGGCCUUGUUGGAUAAUCUUAACAACUGCGGAGUUUCUCGUCAUUACAGGUAAAUCGCUUUUACCGUGUUCUUGAUUCCUAGUGAUUCAAGAACUUGUUUCCCCUUGAAAUUUCUGUGUCGUAGGAUCUUUUUAGAAGAGAUCCUUAUAGGACCAAAUUGUGAUUUUGUCAUGCUAAAUACGUAGCCUAUGUCUUUCUUUGUGAAACUUUAGAGUUUUGUUCUUACGAAGCAGGACUUUAGUAUUCGAAUUCAGAACUUAAUAUCCUUAGAUCUCCUGAGGAUUUAGGACUUAAAAGUCCCAAGAAGAGUUAUUAA